CUCCCCUCCCGAUGAGGCGGUGGUGUUUUUGGCAGCACACUGACCGAGCCCUGACACUUCUGUCUGGCUGAAUGAGUGUACCGGCAGCGGACAGUGCCACCAGCAACAGAAGUACAUGGCGAGGACACAACUCGCCGUGUGAACUCAAACAAAAUACCAGCAAGUUAGCCGAAGCAGUUAGCCGCCACGAGCUAGCACCUCGUCAGGCUAGCCAGUAGGUAAGGUUAGCCGGGUAGCUAAUGUUAGCAGCCUGUUUUGUUUUGGGUUUUCCUUUUCCAAAUGGACCUGGGUGCCACUCGCGGAGUACCUGUUAGCUAAUUAACACUGACAACUUAUAUCGUUGAUAGUUGUCGCUACCAAAAUGUCCACGACUUCGCUGGAUAAAGAGUUACAGGAGCGGCUGAGAGAGGCGUCUGCCAUCGGGGAUAUCGACGAAGUGCGGACGCUGGUGGAGAGUGGAGUUAAUGUGAACUCGCAGAACGAAAUCAAUGGGUGGACAUGCCUGCACUGGGCUUGCAAGAGGAACCACAAGCACAUAGUGUCCUACUUACUCAGUUGCGGCGCCGACAAAGAAAUCCUCACGGCUAAGGAUGAGCUGGCCUCGCAGCUCACGUCCAAACCAGAGAUCAAACGACUCCUCGGAGUUGAGGUGGAGGAAGUGCCUGAAGUCAAGGAGCCUGAGUUGCCAAUCAUCCCCAACUACCUGUCCAACCCGCCCUUCAUAUAUUCCAAGCUGGACAACAAGUCGGAGCUGAUCCUGAACCAGCACCUUACACAAAACGGUUCUGGGGACCACGCUGAAGACACUCAGAGCGACUCACCAUCACUUUCCCCGACGCACGAGCCUCAGAAAUCACAGAGCCUCUCCUCCUCCUCCGACGGCGCCUCUCCUCCCCCGAACCCGGCCGUCAAUCACACUCACGCCCCUGUAGGCGAAUUCAUCCCUGUGUCUGAGCAGAAUGGUGUCUCGCCCGGCACGGCCCCCUCUCACAAUCACGCCGUCGUUAACUGCACGGUGCCCAUGGACCUGUCCGUUGAGCCUCACCUCGUCAACCACGCCGACUACGCGCACACGGCAGCUCACAACGGCGCCGUGUGCUCGCCCCCGCUGGCCUCGCCGGGCCCCGGCCUGGCCAGCAACGGCGGCAGCCAGGUUCAAGCCCCGGUGGCCAGCUCCAACCCGGCCGUGAGCAGGCAGCAGUCCAUCCCGCAGCAGCUGAACUACAGCCAGGCUGGCGGGCCCAUGCCGGCCUUCCAGCCUUUCUUCUUCACCAGCACCUUCCCUGUCAACGUGCAAGAGUUGGUGUUGAAGGUGCGCAUCCAGAACCCCAACGCGCGGGAGAACGACUUCAUCGAGGUGGAGCUGGACCGCCAGGAGCUCACCUACCGCUCCCUCCUGAGGGUCUGUUGCCGGGAGUUGGACAUCAGCGCCGAGCACGUGGAGAAGAUCCGCAAGCUGCCGAACACCAUGCUGAGAAAGGACAAAGACGUGGCUCGGCUGCAGGACUUCCAGGAGCUGGAGGUGGUGUUGGAGAAAGCCGAAGGCCUGUCCCUGUUCUCUGGGGCCGGUGGCCUAACAGACAGACCCUGCUACAACAUGAAGGCCUCCCGUCUCACCUACUAGAGCUACAAAAAAAAAGGCCUGAGGCCCCCCCUCACCCCCACCCCGCUUUACGAUGGGCUUCUGUAGCUACACUCAAGCAACCAUAACUAGUUGCCUUCCCAGGCUCCUUGUGACAGCUUUGUUCGGCUUUGGUGUUUUGCCAAUUUCCUAACUGGGAUUUGUUUUUUUGUUUUUUAACUGUAGCUGUUGUCCUCCUCUGGCCCUCCUGACGCUUUAGUGUAUCCAACCAGUUCUAAGUGACUACUGAUGCAUGGUGUUCUCGUCCUGGGCCCCUCUCUCCUCGCCCUUUAUCUCCACCUCUCCACCCACCGGACUUUGUGCCAAGGCUCCAGUGGGACAACAGAGCGGAGAAGAGGGGGUUUGUGUGUGUGUGUGUGUGUGUGUGUGUGGGUGGAGGGGAGGGGGGGUGGCAUUGGUUCGUCUUCCUUAUGGGCUGGACUUGAACGGGAUUCUGCAAUAGCCUUAUAUGGACACAUUUCUAUACUGACCGCGGACCAGCGGGACAGUCACAGCGGGACGACGGUCUGAGAGGACGACAGGAAGGAUUUACAUAACUUACUGAUAUGAUCAUCACAAAGCCACGGAACGGUGGACUCACACACACACACACACACACACAUAUAGGAAUAAACCUUAGUGUCUUUCCUGCAGAGGGAAUCCUUUAUUGGCCUAAUUCUUCUGAGGUGGAGCUUUCGGUAUCUUUGGACUAAUAGUACUUUUAUUGUCUGAACACACACACACAUGCUUUAAUCUAUAAUCCCCACGAGGACGGACACGUCCGAGUGCUCGGAGCAGCCGUUUCCCCUAAAUAUUGAAAUCACUCAGUCGUAUUAUGAGGCGAAGGAAUGACCAGUUAGAAGCUUUAUAUCGCAGAGUAGAGGUGUCGGGGGGGAAGGUGACGCAGAGCUUUGCAGGGUGUGUUAAUCCUUAGGGUCGAACCUGAAACUGUCAACUGUGAAGUUUUCAUGUGUCAUUUUUAGAGUUUCUGGAUUAGUAAAGCGAGACUUUAGGUCUGGAGCUAGGAACCCAUCUGAGGUGGAGUUGAGGCGAUUUCUUUUUUUUAUUUAUUCUGUAUUUUUCUGUUCCAUUGCUGGAACUUUCUUUUCUUAUUUCAGGGAUAGAAAUCUAUCCAGCACAAGAGGAGCCUUUCAGUGAUUGGGCGAACACACACAGGAAGCACAGGCAUUUGUUGGUGAAACUUCAGCCUUAAAAAUGUCAAAAUGUAGAAAACGGACCAAGGUUGAAGUCUGUUUAGACUUCAACGAAGCCAGGACUCAAUAUUUCAGAGAAUAACGUAAUUGAAAACCUCUAGACUUACUGAUAAAACUCUAUUUAAGUCUAGACUUUAUUGAAGUUUAGGGUUUAUUGAGCCUAGACCUAAAAAUAGUCUCUACACUUAAGACUUCAAUAUAAAGUCCAGACUUAACUGAAAUCUACAGUUUAUUGAUAAUCAAUUGUCGACUCAGUAAACACUAGACUUCAUUAAUGCAGAAUAAAUUUUCAUUAAAGUCGAAGCUUAAUUGAACUUAAUUGACCUCAAUGAGCUCUAGACUUCAGUAAAAUCUAAUCCAGACUUGAUUGAACCCAGUUUUCAGAGUCAACCAUCUGUCGGUUAUUACGUCCAUCCAGUAUUUUUUCAUGAAGUUGUGUAUUUUCUGUCGCCGUCGUUCAGUUCGGUUAGAAUCCAAACCAAAAACUAAUCUAGUCAGCAAAGAAACCGUAAAGAUAUUAAGUGCAGCCUCGUUAACGUUUAUCCGCCCUAAAGGACGUGAUUAUGUUUCCGAUUAAGUGCUUCCCCCAAAACUCAUCUACAUCCUAACUUCUUCUAAUCUUUGAUUUAGUUUCUUUUUGUGGCACUUUCACUUCAGAUGAAAUGGUUAUAUGAUGCUUAUAUUUAACAGGUGGAGACGACAGCAAAUCAGUAUGUGAGGAUGUGGAGGCCAGUCUGGUCUAGUGUAUAAUUUCAUUUUUAAUUUAAAAACUAAUUUGUCAAACGGAGACUGACAGGAUGUGAACUAACACUACGGUGAAGUGAGGAGACGUGUUGCGUUAGAUGCUGCUUUUUUUUUUCUUUGACUCUCGGCGCUGGUUUGUUUUAACCCGUUGGACUCGUGUCCUUCAGUCAAUCAGAGUUGUAACUGUUUACUGUUCAGACCUGAAGCUCUUAGCGUGUUUGUAUGUUUUACGAGCUGUUUUUAUUCAUUUGUAACGUACUUUUAAACCAGCCAGGCCUGUUGUGUUUGUGUCAAAGAGACUCAAUGACGAGGGGGACGGGGGAGCUAAGUGCAAUGUGAGCGGAGAGAAGAGACCCAGAGUGAUUAUUAGUUUACGGUCCCACCUUAAAAUAGGAAGAAAUGCUUUAAACGGUGAAGCUGUGCCACGCGUCAGAGGCAGCAGGAGGAAGCGGGACGAGUUUUGUGAAGGAGAAGCCGCAUGUUUGCAACAUUUUUAUUUUAUUUUUAUUAACAACAGGAUCUUCUUUGUUUCUGUGGGAAAGGAGACGACUAACGUUGUAUUCGUGGGGUCACUUAUCGUUCUAGAAAAAGCCGUGUGACUUAACCUAUGCAUUCAGAGACGGAUAUUUUUAUAAACAGUACGUCCUGUGUACUUGUAGAAAUAAUCUAAGGCACUGUUGAACUUGUGUUGUUUUUUUUUGUUUUUUUUUUUGUUCUGGAGAUCCGUAUCUGUUCUUUGAUAAAAGCAUGGUAAACUA